AACGCCAGUGUUGAUGCCCACGACGCUGGUGUUGCGGACUCCGCGACCCGGCUGUGCACCCGGAGGGUCAUGGUGCUGGGUCUCGGGCCGCGGUGCGUCCAGAGCCUGUCAGCGCUGGGAGCCGCCUGCGCGCGCCGCGGUCUGGGUCAGGCCCUGCUGGGAAUCUUACUGUAUCACACAGAUUUCAGAAAGAGUCUGACUGUGGAGCAAGGCACGAUGAAGGUUGAGCUACUGCCGGCCCUGACUGACAACUACAUGUACCUGGUCAUUGAUGAGGACACCCAGGAGGCUGCCAUUGUAGACCCAGUGCAACCCCAGAAGGUUAUAGAAACUGUGAAAAAGCACCGUGUAAAGCUGACCACAGUGCUCACCACUCACCACCACUGGGACCAUGCUGGUGGGAAUGAGAAGCUGGUGAAGCUGCAGCCUGGACUGAAGGUGUAUGGAGGUGAUGAGCGCAUUGGGGCCUUGACGCACAAAGUCACACACCUUUCCACACUGCAGGUGGGGUCUCUCACUGUCAAAUGCCUGUCAACACCCUGCCAUACUUCGGGACACAUCUGUUACUUUGUGAGCAAGCCAGGUAGCUCAGAGCCUUCGGCUGUGUUCACAGGUGACACAUUGUUUGUUGCUGGCUGUGGGAAGUUCUAUGAAGGAACUGCAGACGAGAUGUACAAGGCGCUGCUCGAAGUCUUGGGUCGGCUCCCUCCAGACACAAAAGUCUACUGUGGCCAUGAGUACACCAUAAACAACCUCAAGUUUGCACGCCACGUGGAACCCAGCAAUGCUGCCAUCCAGGAGAAACUGGCCUGGGCCAAGGAGAAGUAUGCCAUCGGGGAGCCCACGGUGCCAUCCACCCUGGCAGAGGAGUUCACCUAUAACCCCUUCAUGAGAGUGAAGGAGAAGUCUGUGCAGCAGCAUGCUGGUGAGACGGACCCUGUGACUACCAUGAGGGCCAUCCGCAGGGAGAAGGACCAGUUCAAGGUGCCACGGGACUGAGGCACCCAGGGACGGGGACUUUUAAGUGACUGUCCUGCUGCUCGUGCAGGAUCUAGUCUGCUUUUAUUUUAAGUUAAUGCAGAGCCCCUAGCCUGUGUUAUCAAAUGUUCUAAUGCAUAUUUAUAAGAGAAAAAGGUUAAAAGUAUUUAUUCCCAUAACCCCUGCUUAUGGACUCUACAUUGUCUCUGUGGUCACCUGACAUCGGUUUGCACCUAGUUCUUAGAGUGGGCUGAGGCUGGGCAUCCCACCCUGGCUUCCUGCCUCUUCAGGGAGAAAGUGAGCUAGCACUCUGCCUGGCUUUUCCUCCCUCCUCCUCUAGCCUCUGUGGCCCAUCCAGUCCCUAGGCUCUGGGUGCUCAGGUCACACUGCAGCUCAAGUAGUUUAGGUCUGAGUGGGUAGAAUGGGGAGAGCAGACGCAGAUGCCCAAUGACACCGAGGUCCCUGAGACAGGUGGAGGAAGGAUUUGAGACUGGGGUGCCUGCUCUAAACCCCCAGGGGACGGUUGAUCUGAGUGAGGCCAGCGUCCUUCAAGCCUGUCACGGCAUGUGUAUCCUGCCCUGCUGUCCGCAUUGCUGUCUGCAUUGCUUUUCGCAUUGCUGGCCAAGCCCCCAGGCUCUAGUUCACCUUACCCUUGGCUCUGCUGGGGCCUGUUUCCUUCAGCCGCCUCGAACUCUAUCCUGCUGUGGAUCAGGACACAGGUGUUCUAACCUGAAUCCCUGCCACACGGUUCCUCUUUAGAGACGUGGGGUAGAGCUGUUAAUUCUGCCAGUGCUCUCUCCCUGGAGGUGGCAUGGAAUGGAACUUGCAGAUUGUCCCCCAUGAUGGUGCAUGCGAUAAGUGUUAAACCAUGUGUGCUUAGCCAAUCCUGCCAUAGCUCUAAGGCACCAUGGUUCCCACCAGCCUCCAAAUAAAUGUGGUAUCCCACUGUGAGCCUCAGUGUGCAGAGAUCUCAGAGCCCAGAUGUCUUCUCCAGAAUGUGUAUGCGGCCAUGCUACUGCGCUAUGCCCAGUGUGUUUAAACGCUCUGCACCACCCAGCACCGUGUGUCCAGCCCAGGGGACAUUUGGCAUGCCCCCUCUGAAAUAUCAAGUCCUAAAUAAGAUGGUUUGCAUGUCCAGCUUCUGUCCCUCUCUGCCCACCCCAGCCACUCACUCUGGUGACCUGGGCACCUGACCUGAGGGGUAACAGAUGCUGAGAUCUUAGCAGGUAGUCGACACAAGCCUUACUGUCCAGGGACAAGGAAGAGUGACAGCAGGCAGUGGGGCCAGUGUUUCAGAGAGACAGGAGAUGUGCAGCACAUGCUCACUAUGACCUUCUAGAUCUGCGGGCCGGGAGGCCUCACCCAAGAGGUAGUGUUUGUGUGAAAGUGUGGGAAGCGGCUUACAGGAGGAGGUGAAACAGGCUGAGUGAGAGGGAUCAGAAUGCAGAGACAUCUGGGGGGGGGGGGGUGCAUGGAGGUAGAGCGGUGUUUCUCUGAGUUUCAGGCCAGCCUGGUCUACAUAAAGAGACUAUCUCAAAACAAAACCAAAUUACUUUUAAUUGAGGUGAAAGUCACACAAGUAGCCAUUUAAACUGCAGUGGGGCCCUGGCUCCGUUUCCACCCCACCCCACCCACCCACACACACAGUUGGUACUCAGUGUUCGGUGUUCCCACCCCUCAUGAGCUGAACUUGUAGUCGGUGUCUGUCCAGGGGAGAGGCAGGCUUCUCCUGGCCUGUCCACCACUGUGGGGGGGUGUCUUCAGGGCUAACAAGGGCCAGGGCAAGAGUAAAGAACUGGGCCUGGGUGGUGGUGGCGCACACCUUUAAGCCCAGCACUCGGAGGCAGAGGCAAGCGGAUUGCUGUUCAAGGCCAGUCUGGUCUACAGAGUGAGUUUCAAGACAGGCUCCAAAGCUGCACAGAGAAACCCUGUCUCGAAAAA